AUGGAGGUACCGUCGUCUCCGGCGAAGGCCCACGAGCCAUCCGAUACCUCCAAGGUCGAGCCGGGGAAAGAAACUCACAGGUCAAAAAACCGGAGAAGGAGUAGGAAAGGAUCCCAGAAUACCGCCGCACACCUUCCCUCCCCGAUUUUAACACCAAGCGAUCCGCCACCGAGGCAAACCCCCGAGACCAUCGUUCCCAGGGAGCGGGCGGUGUCGAGUCCGACUACUGGUGUACCGACACCGGACCCGUCUGGCGAGAGCCAGAGCGAUGGCGACCAAUUUCGAUUGCCUACUCCGCCCGCAAACGCCGCACCGCUUCAGACACUUGGUACAGAUCUUGACAAUGUCACGAAAACCCGAAGCAGGUCUAACACCAAAACGAGCAACCCCGACGGGGUCAGGCGACUCUCGGCAUCCAAAAUGCAAGAACUGACCGCCGCACCGGACUCUCUGCCCGUCGCCGCCAUCUCAAAACGCAUAGUUGGGGACCUCCCGCUGACCGCUGGCAUCGUCGAAGCAAGCCGCCGGCUAUCAAAGGCAACGGAGGACCACUCGGCCCACGUCGCUCAGGCCGAGUUCCUACGAUCCGAGCAACGGGAGAACGGGAGGUUAGCGCAAGGAAGGCCGAUGAUAAAUGGACGCACACUUUCUACGCCACCAAUGGGUAGACGGAAGACAACGAGCCAACCCCUAAGUCAGCCUCCGGCUCAGCAAUCCUCGCGUCGCAAUUCCUUCCAACCAGCCCCGCGGCCGACUGCUCUAGAACUCGACAGCCGAAAUACCCACGCGCCGCCCACCGAUAGAGCCACCCUGCCGCCGAGGGACAGCAAGGUCGACCCGGUCCCUCCAUCCCCGAUCGCGCCCACAAUUCCCCUCCCGCCCAUGUCCAUACCGACGUUACUGCAGCUCGAAUUAGCCGCCCAGCGACCGAGUCCCCUCUACAUCCAUCACUCGUACGCGAGUGACAUGCCAUACGAAUCCAGUGCCAUCAAAUUCGAACGCCUCAAGAACUUCUUGCUUCUUCCGUGGUAUCUCGAGAGGGCUAUGGCGUUUGGUGUUGCUGCUUGCUUCGACGCCUGGCUUUGGACCUUCACCGUGCUGCCCAUGCGAUUCUGCAUCGCGGCGUCUGUGUUGGUCCGUUGGUGGGCGUAUGUCAUCGGGAAAGAGUUACGGUGGAUGGUGGAUUUCGUUUGGUACGGACUGGGGCGCAUGUGGCAGCGAGGGCGCCGGGGGCGCGCCUCAUCAAGCACAACCGGUCAAGAAAACCGUGCGGAGGAAUCGAGGAGCAGAAGCAGAGCCCGAGACGGUCUAGAUGGCACAGCGCAUGCUUCAGGGGUUGCCGGCGGUAGAGCCGAGUCCGCUUCUCGGCGCCCAGGCAGCCGGCACGUUUCUGGGCCCGGCAUGGCUGGCCCGCCGAAGAAGCCGAGUAGCAGACCGUCAGGAUUGUUCCGUCACCGUCGAACGAAGUCGAGCCCCUCGAACCUUACAUCGUACCACAAAGCCGACCUCCUCCAGGGCGCCAUCCUCAUCUGCAGCUCCAUAGCUCUGAUGAAUCUUGAUGCCAGCCGAAUGUACCAUUUCAUCCGGGCCCAGUCGGCCAUCAAGUUAUACGCCAUUUACAACCUCCUCGAGGUCGGCGACAGGCUUCUUUCUGCCCUCGGCCAGGACAUCUUCGAGUGCCUCUUUAGUACCGAGACCCUCUCCCGAAACAGCUCGGGUCGCUCCAAGGUGAUGCUGCCACUCGGCAUGUUCUUGCUGGCGCUCCUGUACAACGUCCUGCAUUCCGUUAUUCUAUUUUACCAAGUCAUUGCGCUCAACGUGGCCGUCAACUCGUACUCUAAUGCUCUCCUAACGCUACUGCUGUCGAACCAGUUCGUCGAGAUCAAAAGCGCCGUGUUCAAGCGGUUCGAGAAGGAGAAUACCUUCCAACUCUCUUGCGCCGACAUCGUCGAGCGUUUUCAGUUAUGGGUCAUGCUUAUUAUCAUCGGCAUGCGCAAUGUCGUCGAGGUUGGCGGGCUGUCUGUGCCAGGCGCCGGGAGUGAGGACAGCGGGCCGAGCAGCAUCCCCCUGCACACGUCAUCCAUCCUACCAGCCAGCUUCACCAUCCUUCCGUCAUGGUUAUGGUCGGGCGAGGUGCUCUCUCCGUUCAUCGUGGUUAUCGGGAGCGAGAUGGUGGUUGACUGGAUCAAGCAUGCCUACAUCAACAAGUUUAACAAUAUCAAACCGACCUUUUACGCGCGGAUCCUCGACAUCCUGUGCAAGGACUACUACACCAACGCCUUUGUCACUCCCUCCCUAACCCGUCGUCUCGGCCUCCCUCUUCUCCCGCUCUCAACCCUCUUCAUCCGCGCCUCGGUGCAAAUCUACAACAUGUUCCUCGCCACGCACCUGCCCACCCCGCUCCCGCCCACCACCCAAACCUCCCUCUCGGUCGAUAACGCGACACCCUCCCCCGCCAUGCAAGCGGCACUCAGCCGCAUCGACCACCUCAUCCGCAACGCGCUAGGCCGCUCCGUCUUCGGCUACCCCUACGCCGCUGACCAAUCCGACGGCAAAGGCACGGGCGACAUGCCGGGGAGCGGAAACCCCGCGGCGCCAGUGAGCAACAUACUCCUACGAUGGCUGCCGCCCGUUAGCAGCGACGACGCCAUCGCGGCGCUGACCAUGGUGGUGGUGUUUUUGCUGAUCUUCCUCGUCCUGCUCGUCGUCAAACUGCUGCUGGGGAUGGUGCUGCUGCGAUACGCGCGCGACCGCUACGCAAGCAUGAAGGCCAAGGAGCAGGCCGUGGCGGCGGGCGUGGCGGAGCGCGAGUCGUUUGACGCGCGCGGCCGGAGGGUCGGCGGGUAUGGGCAGGUGGAGGUCGGGGAGGACAGGCGGCGGUGGAUCUUUGGGGAGGAUGUGGAGGGGUUGAGGAAGACGAGGGAGAGGGAGAGGAAGGCGGAGGGGAAUGUCGAGAGGGAUAAGGAAAAGGAUUUUGGGAGGGUUAUGAGGUAUGAAAUGGUGGCGAAACGCAUUUGGUAG